UACUGAAUCGGUCAUUCGCAACAUGUUGAAAGUUAUUUUUAAUUUCCUGCUUGUUCCUGCUGCGUAUCGCGCGUUGCCUGUGCAGUAUGCAGGCUGCAUGAUCCAAACCGACCUCGUCGGCUUCCAAGUCACUGACGAGGAGGUGGUUCCAGACAGUGUCAUCGGUCAAAGAGGGUCCUUCAGGCACCUCUCCGGUGACGUCAGUCAAAUGACUGUGCAGCUCUGUGUGUUGAGGUGUUGGAACCAGCGGUUCACAUUCGCUGGGAUACAGGACUCGAAACGGUGCUACUGCGCGAACACAAUAAUAAGAAUGACGAAAGUCCUGGACGAAAAUUGCAACAAGCGUUGCCUUGGCAACUGCAAACAGAGAUGUGGAGGACUUCUGGCCCUCUCCACCUACGAGACAGGCUAUGAAAAGGAACCUGAUCAGCUUGUGGAUAAUGUCAGAUUCCACCACUACGGUUUCAAAGGUUGUUACGAAUUCAAUGAAGCGGCCAUGUGUUUUGACGGUAAUGAUCAUAGUAAGGCAUACCUACCCGAGAUGGUGUCGGGUAGAAUGAAGCCGCAGUUCUGCGUGGCAUACUGCCUGUCCAAGGGACUGAAAUACGCCAUUUUGAAGUCCACCUCCUCGUGCUGCUGCGGGUGGACCUUUCCAGACCAGUUGCAGCCCAUGACCUCACGUGACCCCUGUAACAUACCAUGCGUGGGAGCGCCCGAGCCUUUCUGUGUGGGGCAAGAGGGCGUCACCCACUACGUCACCGUGUACUUCACCCAGGACUUGGAGACAAAAGCAAAGUUUCCACGAAUGAACACAGUGACUCUGCUUACCAACGGAUGGAUUUUACCUCAGUUUUCGGAUAAUGUCAAUUUUGAAGUCGAGGGGCCAUCUCCAGAUGUGAUAAAAUACCUGAGGAGCAGAUCAGCAGAUAAAAGAAAGGAAACCGACAAAUUGUUGAUCCUGUGAACACUGAUGUCGCUGUUGUUGAUGUACCGGAGAAGAAAGGAAGGGGAGCAGCCACUACGAUUGCACUGGUACUCGGGGUGCUGGUGGCGAUCGCUGUCGUGGGUUUCUUCACGAAAAGGCUUAUAGCUGCUGCUGCUGAUCUUGAUCUGAGUCAGUACAGAAGAACAGAGUUAAAGUUUCCGGACGAAGCAACAUCUACAGAGAAUUCUGCUCAAAGGGAGGAGUUCUGGAAACAAAAGUGUGAAGAAUGGAAAGUCACUCCAUCAAGCACCAUCGAGGAGUUCAACGAGUAGAUGUGCAGCCAUCGUCACCAUACUUCAGAAUACAUUUCCUCUAAAAACGUGUACUUUCGUGUCACGUGGCUGUUUUUACUACACUUGGCAAGAAUUCUUUUAUUCAUUCGCUUGUCAUCAGCCAACAUCACGUGAGGGGUUUAUGAUGUUUGCUUAUUUGUUCCGCUUUGUCGGAAGUCAGUUGACGAGAAGCAUCCUGCUGUACUGUUAUAAUAUGUAAGCUCAUCAGUAGUGCGAAGUCUACAAUGUGAAUACAAUGCUCUGAGGCUGUGAAGACGGACAGAAAAACAUUCGUCAAACAUAAAAGAAUGGACUGGUCAUACCAUACAGGACUUGCUUGACGACACUCAAGACAACCCCCGGGGUAUCCCUGUCAGCUUCUGCCUGUAUACAGGUGCCGACGACGCCUAAUUCCGAUGGACCAGUAUAAAUAAAAUGAUGGACAAAUGAACGAAGAAGUGUUUCACUGCACGAAAGCAUGAGAGGAUGAGAAA